AUGGCGAGAUGUGCACAGGUGGCCAAACUGGCAAAGUUGGCCGCCACGGGACCUGCGGCUUCCGGCCAGGCAGGUCUCCAGCCGUCCAUCCAACGCUGCCUGGGGCGGCUGCCGCAGCUGCAGGGUAGCGACGUGGUGGAUCUCACCCGGAGUCUGGCGAGGCUUCGCUGGACGGAUGAGGCAACCUGGAAGGACAUCGGCAGCGUAGUGACGCAGAAAGUGGAGGAGAUGAAGGUGGCCGAACUGGUGAAGGUGGCCGGCGCAUUUUCUGUGGCCAGCCAGCCUGAUACGGAGAUGUUGAAGGCGAUGAUGGGAAGAGUCAAGGCAGCCCCGCGCGGUUUGAAAUCCUGGUCGUGGGGGGAUUUUAUUGUCUCACUGCAGAGGGCAGCAGUAAAACCGGACAAGGAACUGCUGAAGGCUGCAGCUGAUGCGAUCUUGAAAGACCUAGACUCUUUCAGGAAGAUUAAGACGCCUUACAUCAUGGGAUUUGUUGAUGCGAGCCUCAGAGCUGGUUUCUUUCAUCAAGGGAUGUUCCAUGUGCUGUCAGAGGUCGUGAUGGAGCGUUUGGAGAGCCUGAGCCCCUAUGAGCUGUCGAAGGUUGCGCUGACUUGGGGGCAAGCAAAUUACAAAGAUGAUGCCCUGGUGCAAUCCUUGUGCAAGGCAAUCCAUACCAAUCUUCCGGCCUUUCCAAAGAAUAGGAUUUCAUAUACCAUUCAUGGCCUUUGCUUGUUGGAUUGCAAAGACAAGCAGCUCCUGUUGGAAUUGGCUUCUGCUUGGGCGGCCAAAGGUCCAGAACCCAUCCAAGUGCCGAGUGUCAUCUGUGGGUUGGCAAGAUUGGGAGCUCUGGAUCCUGCACUGUGCAAUCAAAUCGCGGCAUGUAGCCUGCACUGUGUGCCUCAUUUCAAUGCCAAGAGUGUGGCUGCAAUACUGCUAGCUUGUGCUCAGUCUGGAUGUACACAUACUGACUUCCUUGACUCACUCGGCAAGGCGGCCAGCCUGAAAAUCUCCGAAUUUUCCACACAAGACCUCUGCGCUGCUUCUUUUGCGGGUGCUAAGCUUUCACUUGCGCCGAUUCUUGGAGUUUGCAUCCCAGGAGCUGCUUUGAAACGUGUGUCAGACUUCCGGGCUGACCAGUUAGCCUUAAUGAUGCACGCGGUGUCGAGGCUGUCGGACAGUCCUUGUGAAUACUUGCAGGUGCUUGAGCAUGCCAUCUUGCCGCAUGUUCCAACUCUGACGCCUGUUGACCUGAGAUAUAUUUCAAUGGCUUGGACACAGGCUCGUGUUUCGACUGAGAAAUUGAGGGAAGCAUAUGCUGCACGCACAAUCGAUAUGAUUGAUGAAUUGGAUCCUGCCACCAUCAGUCACAUUACCUGGGCUCAUUCCAAAUUGCAGGUCAGCAAUGUGGACUUGUUCAAAGCCUUGGGUGUGCGAUGUGCAGCUAGCAUCUCUUCCUUUAAUCCAUCCCGCCUUGGAUGCAUUGCAUCGGCAUUUGUCGACGCAGGAGUCCAUGAUGAAGUGCCCUUGAUCAGCAUUGCCAGGCAAGCCUUGAGGUAUUUGGGGCAGAUGCACCCUAUUCCGGCUUCCCAUUUGGCACGUGCCUUCAUCCAAGCUGACUUGGAGUCGUCGGAAAUCACAGCGCUGUUGGAGAGCCUAGCUUCAGUUGCACGUCAGCAAGAAUGGACGCGCUUGAGCCCCAGCCAUUUUGAGCAGACUGAUUUCCAGAAACAGUGCGCCCAGACCGUUCAAGACUUCCUUCCGGGACAAUUGCUCAGCCUGGUGCUGCCGCACUGCGACGGAUCUCACCUGAACUUGGAAGUGGAUCCCCUGGACCUCCAGCUUUGCCGGUUGGACCGGGCAGCGCGCACUCGGCGCGAUCAGUUCUUGGAGGACCUGGGUGUGCAGGUGUUGAGAUUGAAGGUCAGGGACCAAGAUGAUUUGAGGUACCACCUGCUGCAGAUCUUUGGACAUCCCGCAGAUCCCAGCGUGGAUGACAGUCCGGAAGAGCUGCCAGCAUCGGAGGUGGGGCCUCUGGAUGAGGAGGCAGUGGCGAUGUGUGGACAUGUGUGGAAUGAGAUGGAACCCGGAAGAGUGCAGCAUGAAAGCUUGCUGUAG